GCAACUUACUUGCUCAUCGCGACUGCCAGCGACCACGUCGUUGAAUUCAUUCCCCUGUCUACCCAGUGUCUACUUCUGGCUACAUAACUAACUGGAGUCUUAUUUCUGGCUUUCUUGUCCUGGCUAAUCAUCUAGAGACUAAUGACUGGUGGUUUCGCGGCGCUUCCACUAGUUGAAGAUGGAGGAGAUGACCACAAUGCUUCGCAUUUAGCUGGAGUGUCGAGAAUCCUGGGCCCUAAAUGGAUACAACUGCCUGCACUGACGGUUGGGUUGCUAGGCGUGCAAGUGCUGUGGUCGGUAGAGAUGUCUUAUGGAACACCCUAUCUAUUAUCAUUAGGACUCUCAAAAUCUGCUGUUUCUAUGGUCUUUCUGGCGGGACCAAUAUCAGGACUGAUAGUCCAACCACUCAUCGUGUGUAGGAGUGCUUGCUGACAAUUCAAAAUCACGCUUCGGACGUCGGAGACCUUACAUGCUCGCAGGCGUAGUCAUAUGUGUUUGCGCCAUGCUGCUUCUUGGGUUUACACGGCCUUUCGCCACUUUAUUCGCCGCACUUGGGUCAAUAGCUAAUGACAUAUUGACAAUCUGGCUAGCUAUCAUUGCCCUGUUUACCAUUGACUUCUCAAUCAAUGCAGUACAAGCAGUCGACCGAGCGCUCCUAGUGGACACUCUACCGACAGAGAAACAGGCAGACGGAAAUGCCUGGGCGGCUCGUAUGCUGAGCAUUGGAAGCGUUGCCGGAUAUUUCAUUGGCAACGUGGACAUGACCCGGGUCUUCCCCUUCCUCGGAGAUACUGAGCUUGAAGUACUUUCCGUCUGCGGCUCCUUUCUUCUAGUGAUCGCACAUGGUAUGACGGCUUUCUGCGUCAAGGAGAGGAUCGUACUUGCCAGCAAGGGUGCACCGAAAUCCUUUGUCCAAGAACUGAGGGAAAUUUGGCACAAUGCGCGGAAUUUACCGUCAGCGAUCCGACAAAUAUGUUUUAUUCAAUUCUUUGCCUGGCUAGGAUGGUUCCCUCUCUUGUUCAACACAACCGAAUUUAUCACCGAACUUCACAAACGCCAGAUUGGCCCGACAACACCUGCUCAAGUUGAAUCAGUCAUGGCAGAAGGUAACCGGCUUGGUUCCAGAGCCAUGUUCUUCCAUGCUUUACUUUCUCUUGCGGCCAACUUGAUUUUACCAUUCUUCGUCGCCGAAGCGGGAAGUCGAAAACGUAUGCAAAGUGCCCUUGCGCUAGGAGUGAAGAGGACGUGGUGGGUUAGGUUGUAUGAAAAAAUGAAGCUCCAUCUUGGGACCCUCUGGGCGCUUUCCCAUCUCGUCUUCGCGAUUUGUAUGCUCGCCACCUUUUUCUACUCAAGUGUGUGGGCCGCGACCUUCUUCACAACUUUGGCUGGGCUUGCGUGGUCUAUCACCCAAUGGGCACCUUUUUCUUUGCUUGCAGAAGCCAUAUUGACGGCAGAUUCCCCUGACGAUACCGCCGCGAUUCUGCUCAGCGAUACACGCACGAGUCGGAGGUCAGGGGAUAUAACGCUAGGUGCUGACGAACACGAACGACAGUUCCUCGUUGGAGAUGACGAGGAUGAGAAUGGUCUCGCAGAUGAGGUUCGGUCAUUCGGGUCUUCCGCUUCAAUGGACAGUCAAGAAGGUUCGGGAGAACGAAUACGUGCAAAUACCCUGAUGAACAAUGCCGACGCGCGAAUGAGCCAUGUUCAUGUCGACGACCUAGCUCAUGACCAUGUCGAUGGGCCGAGGAGGGAAGGUGGACUGGCAGCAAAAGCUGGUGUUAUCCUCGGCAUUCAUAAUAUCUUCAUCGUCAUGCCUCAAAUGCUGAUGACAGGAAUCUCGUCCAUUAUCUUCGCUAUCCUUGAACCCCGAGAAACGAAUUCUGAACUGCUGGAGGCACCUACGAAUAGCACGAUGCCGUCGGGAAAUUCUACUUCAUUGCUUCCAUCGAGAGCAGAGGGCGUGGCUUCAGGUAGUGGGCCAGAAUCAUACGCCAUUGUCUUUAGGCUGGGUGGCUUUGCAGCAAUAAUCGCCUUCGUGUUAACGAUCAGGCUGGUUCGCGAACUACGGCAUCGUGACUAGCAUCACACUUCUGUUUUCGUCUUCGGACUUCCUACUGUACACCUCGUGCUCAAUUUGUAUCACUACAUAAUCCAUCCACCUAUUGCUUUGUAUGUUCGUAGCUACUUAUACAUGUAGAUACCCUUUUACCUGGAUUCCUUACUUAUUUGUCUCCACUGAAUUAUCUAGAAAACCGUUCCAUCACUCUCAAUGUCGAUGGGUGGUCCACCUGUUGCAGGUCGUUUCUGUCUGGCAAUCUCUCGACCGCCCUUCCAAGUGGCGCUUUCGAGC